AUGUCAUGGUUGUCUAAAGUGACCGAUUUCGCCGGCGCCGCCGAAAAUUUGCUGAAUAAGCUUGAUGAGAAGGUAUUUUAUUAAACUAUUGUCAUGAAAGCAGGAAGUUUGGCUUAAGACGGGAGAUGCAAUUCAACAGGCGCGAGAUGCAAAACCACGCACCCGUAAAUCAAGCACUGCCAGUAUUCCGGCAACAGCGAUUUCUAUGCCUGAUCAUGUGAUAACUGAAGAUUUCGGAAGACCUGCUCCUUCGCUUCCGUCUCGAGCACAAAGUGAUUACACAGGAUCAGGAUGGAGAGGACGAAACUAUGAACAGUCAGAUAAUGCAUUUUUUUGUUUUUUCUAAACCGAUUUUUCAGAGGGUCUUCAAUUCAACCGGGAACGGCCACCACAACCGCUUCAGAAAGCUGGACGAUGGUCUUGAAUUCAGCGGAAGUAAACACAGCGAAACCAGAUGACGACACGCGAAGUCAGAGAAGUGUUGGCGGACGCAGUGUCGCUAGUAUUCGGACUGCCUGUUAGUUUCUGACUUCUGACUUGUGAGUUAUCUUCAGUUAAUUUGCUUUCUUCAGCGGAAUUCACGGAUGCGAUUCCCAACGUCAAAUCGCAACUUUUUGCAAAGGAUUCUCAAAUUUCUGUCCUGAAAACAAAGUUGUCAGAAACCGAGAAGAAAUUGGAGAAACGAAGCCAAGAUUACUAUGAAAUGAAAGCUGAAAAAGAGAUGUUGGAGAAGAGGGUUGAGAAUCAGAAAGUAUCGAGUCAGGAAAUGGACAGCCUACAGGAGCUGAAGUUGGCCAGGUAAUUGAGUUUAGACAGUAGCUGGUUCAUGAUAUUGAAGACUUUCAGACAAAAGGCUCAAGAUCAAAAAGAGAGGGCGGUGGAAGAGUGCAAUUCGCACCGGAGAAAGAUUGUCGCUUUGGAAGAAGAGAUCCGCGCGAUGGUCGAGCAGCUGAGGCUGGCCAAAUUCAAUUUGAAUGAAAACAAGAAGGAGUUUGACGAGUAUAAAAACAAAGCACAGAAAAUACUGACAGCCAAGGAAAAGCUGGUCGAAUCACUCAAGUCUGAGGUAGACUCUUAUUUUGAAUUCUAGCUUGACUGAAAAUUUUCAGCAAGGAAUUGGAUCCAGUGAGCGGCCGGUACAUUUGCUGCAAGCAGAAGUAGAAGAGAUCAGAGUGGAAAGAGACUUGACGAAGGCAGAUCUCGAGUCUGCUCAAAUGCAAGUGUACACUCUCAGAUCGGACAUGGAAGAGCUUGAAGUGCAAAUUAGGUUGGUGGUUAUGCCGCGUCCAAUGUCUCGGAAAAACCGUAAAAACCGCAGAUUUUUCUGUCCAAAGUCGGCCGAAAUUUGCGUGAAAAACGGGGGUGCGCACAGCUUAAUGAAUGUAACCGUACCCCUAAAACUACGGUAUUUUUUUUUAAUUUUGUUAAUUUCUUGAGGAUAUUUGAAAAUAUUCAAAUUUCUUGCGCAAAUUUUCUAAAAAUACCGUAGUUUUAGGGGUACGGUUACAUUCAUUGAGCUGUGCGCACCCCCGUUUUUCACGGAAAUUUCGGCCGACUUUGGACAGAAAAACCUGCGGUUUUUACGGUUUUUCCGAGACAUUGGACGCGGCAUUACAUUUUCGCUUGUUGAAUCGACACAUUCAAUUUCAGAGAUCUCCAAUCCCAGCUCAGCGACCAGAAGAGAUCGCAUCUGGAAGAAAAACAAACCUGGGACAGCACAAUCGGAUUGCUGAACGAGAAAGUUGAGUGUUCGAGAAUCGAGAAUGAGUUCACGAAGCAAGAGAUGAAAAGACAAGGAGAUUUGCAUCAAUCGAAGAUGCUCGAGAAGGAAAACGAAUUGCGCAAAGCAAUAAGCGAAACUCGUGCUCGCAUGAGGGACGAGCAGACGAAAAAUGAAGAUGACGGCGCCGCGCAACUCUCUGAUCUACUGCUUCAGAAGCAGCAACAGCUGGAAGACGUGAUGAGAACGAACCAAGUGUUGAAUGUAAGAUUGGAACGACUGCAGGUAGGAACAAGAAAAAUAUGGAAUCACUGGAAAGUUUUAUUAUCUUCAGAAAGCAACAAAUCGCGACACUUCCAUCGCCAUCGACUCCAAUAACUCGCCCUCGCACACUUCUUCGUCGCAUCCUCUUCUCUCGAAUAUCAAUCAUCAACAGACUAGAAAUGCUCUUCAGACUGUCGAUUCCACCGCAUUCAAGCUGUUCUCAAUGCUCCGUGGUCACCCGUCCGCGCGACUUUUCUUCGUCCUUUACUUCAUAAUGAUGCAUAUGUGGCUGUUCUUCAUUGUCCUUACCUACACUCCCGAAAUUCAUUGA